CUCUCCCUUAAGCCAUUGACUUCCCAGUUAGCCGUAUACCCAACAUGUUCGACGUCCUGGUCAUCGGCGCAGGCUUCAGCGGCCUGCAAGCCGCCUACUCAGCCCAACAAGCCGGGCUCUCGACCGUUGUUCUCGAAGCCCGCGACCGCGUCGGCGGGAAAGUGUGGAGCGUGCCGCUGGCCUCAGGCCGCGGGUGCGCGGAGCUGGGCGCGGCGUGGAUCAACGACACGCUGCAGCCGCGGGUGUGGGCGUAUGCGCAGAAGUUCGGGAUGAAGGUCGUGAAGCAGCGGCUGGAGGGCCAAGCGGUGAUGGAGCCGGGGCUGGACGAGCGGUUCGUCUUCCCCUUUGGCGUUACGCCUGAGUUCACGGAACAAGAAAAGAAGAACCUGGAGCACAUCCGCGACCACAUCCAAGCGGAGUCGCUGAAGCAGGGCCCCCUGUCCGGGGAAGACGACAACGUCACACUGGACCAGUACGUGCGCAACCUCGGCGCACUGCCCAAGAUCAUCCAGAUGGUGAACUUGUGGGCGCAGGUGAUGCACGGCGUUGAGGCGACGGAGGAGUCGGCCGCCUGGUUUAUUGAUUACUGCCGGCGCAACCGCGGGUUACUGGCCAUUCGCGCGGACGAUGCAUCGGGGGGUCAAUACCUUCGCUUCCAAGACGGCUCCCAAACCAUCGCCAACCGCCUCGCAGACCUAAUCGGCACCUCAAAGAUCCACCUCUCCACCCCAGUCGCCACCAUCGACGACCACAGCUCCCACGUCACGGUCACCAGCACAAAAGGCCAAACCUUCACAGCGCGCAAAGUGAUCCUCUCGAUCCCGAGCACAAUGUACAAGGAACUCAACAUUUCGCCCCGACUACCAGCCGCCGUCCAGGAAGUGACGAACGGCACCGUACUAGGCGACUACAACAAGGCAAUCGUAUGCUACGACCGGCCAUGGUGGCGCGACCUGGGCUUCAACGGGUACUUCGCCAGCUACGCGGGACCCGUGAUCCUGGCGCGCGACACCUCGGUGGACGAGAAGCGACACUUCGCGCUGACGUGCUUCGUGAACGGCGAGCCCGGUCGCGAAUGGAGCAAGCUGGUGCCGCAUGAGCGCCGCGCCGCCGUGCUGCACCAGAUCGCCCGCGUCUUCAAGCAGGACAGAAACUCGGAGGCGUACCGCCCUAUCGAGGUGUUCGACCAGAUCUGGCAGCAUGAGCGCUACAGUCGCGGCGCUCUGGCUCCCAUUACCGCGCUGGGCCAUCUGACUCGUUUCCGGGAGGUCUAUGGCCGCCCUGUCGGGAAUCUGCAUUUCGUCGGCACCGAGUAUAGUCCCGAGUGGAAGGGGUAUAUGGAGGGGGCGUUGUGUUCGGGCGAGCUGGGCGCUGAGGAGGUCGUGCGCGCGUUGCGUCGGAGGGAGAGGGCGCUGUUGUAG